CGAGAUGGGGGGAAAUUUGGAUCCCAAUAUUUUCGAACCCCGCCUUCUUUCUGAUCCGCUAUUUCUUGCAACCCAAAACAUGUCUCUGUGCUCCUCCUGAACACAUUCGUCUCUCUCUCUAGACACCCGUGAAAAACCCUAGCGAGGUGCUCUGCUUUCCCUUUGAGAGAUAUUUUUUUACCUGCACCUGCUGCUGACCUACCACAGAGAAAGAGAGAGCUUUGCAUUUGAUUUUCCAGCACACAGAGAGGUCAGGCUUUUGUUGCUCAAAGAAGGCAACAGCCAAGUGAUAUUACCAGCACCACAGUUUAUCAAACAGUGCAGUGCUACCAAUUUUCACUUGCAUCCCAGAAUUAAGGAAAGUCAGCAGCAGGGGUGCUUCCAAGUGAGACUGUAGUGAAAGUUAUCAAAUGUCACCUUAGAAAGCCAUAAAAGCAAAUCCAGAGCAGGGGUAUUCCAGUAAUUCAACAAUCUUUAUGCAAAGACGAGAAGGGUGGGAAAUCUCGAUCCCAAUAUUUCGAACCCCGCCUUCUUUCUUUCUUUCUUUCUCUCUCUCUCAUCUAUGAUUUCUUGCAACCAAAACAUGCCUCUCUGCUGCUGAACACACAGUCGGCUCUCUCUCUCUCUUGACACAAAAUGGUUGGAGUAGACAUCACACAACCUCAAAGGGUGGUAUUUUUAAUAGAUCUGCAACCUCUCCACCAAUGCCCAAACCCCCAUCUCUACAUUUCUCUCAUCAAGGCCUCAAUUCAGAAAUGCCUUGCAAACCCUUCUCUCUCCUCUUCCCUCUCUGCUUUCAAGCUCUUCUACUCCUCUCUCUCCCCCCUAUUAUCUUCCUCUCACAUUCACCAACUACUCUCCAAAUCCCUCCUUUUAUCUCACUUUGACUUCCCACCCAAAACGCAAAGCACCCUUUUUCGUACCCUCGAAUCACUGAAGAUUCCAUGCCAUCGACAGCAGAGUGGCUCUUCUCCCUUUGCAACUGCUGAGUUACUUGCACGUGCAUUGCAGCAGAUAGUCCAUGACUAUUGGUGGGAUGCUCAAGACAAUGGUACACAGCUCUCUAAUCAUCUCCAUGUAUCUCUCAAUCCCAAUAAACAUUUUCUCAUAGUUCUUUUCUCUCCAAUUCUGUGGUCUCAUGAAAUGUUAUCCAAGUUCAUGGGCAUGGAGAUCAAAGAUGGUUUUGUAGAUAGAUGUUGCUUUUCCAAAUCUUUUUGUCAGGUUUUCGGCUCUGUGAGAGAAGCAUUUGAGUCCAGAGGCAUUCAUCUUUGUUGGGUAGAUGUGAGUGGAGCAGAGGAAAGGUUUGGCAAUCAAUUGGGUCUGUUAGACGAGGAAAUCAAGGGUUUUGGAUGGGGUGUCAACUCUACAGAUGUGAUUCUUUGUGGAUCACAGAUUGUCCCAUUUGGUCUUAUAUGGCCUACCAUUGCUUUCUCCAUGGAAAUUGUUGGCCAGAACAAGGGCAGUGCAGAGUUGACAUUGGAGAUCAGUGAUGUCAAUGGAAUGCCAUUAUCUUGCCGGUAUUGUGAUCUUGAGUUGAUCAACAUGGAGCCAUGCUUAAAUAGAACUGAUCCAUUGGGGAUAAAGAGAUGUCUGGUUUCCAGUGAUCGCAAGCAAAGCUUGAAAAAAUUGGAUACAGAUAGUGUGAAGAUCCAUGUUCACAGAGUUUUUAGUAAGGAUCUAUCGGUUAAUGUUGAGAGAGUGGUAUUAGCCGUCUUUCUGCUUCGUGGGUUUGCAGGGAAAUCUAGAGAGAGAAAUAAUGUUGAAGCAUGUGAUCCUUGUGGUUUUGUUGCAGACAGGGUUCUUGAGAAGCUCCGGUCAAAAGAGAGUGAGUUUAUGGCUGGGAAACCUGCUUGGCAGCUUUUUCUAGCUUUUUUAACGAGAAAAUACUACCAGGCUCUGGUUUCUGUAACAGAUAAGAAUGGUUGUUCUCAUAUGGGUGUUUUAGAUCCCUUUACAGCUCACUCAGCAAUUCUCAGUAUUAUUGAUGCUGGUUCUAAUCAUCUUCAGGAAAAUGCCUAUCUUGAAUGUGGAAUGAGUGCUAAUUCAAACCAACAAAAUUUAGUUACUGAUUGUCAAUUUGAGGCUUCUAUUUAUGUUCCCUUAUGUACUGCAGAAGAUGUUGCAGAAAGAAGGGACAGAAGACAUGCAGAAAGAGGGGAGAGAAAACUUAAGUUGUCGAGUACACUUACUAACCUAACAUGGGAUUCCUUCUAUAAAUCAGUCCUCAAACACUUUUGUGGCGAGCAACCUGAAACAGAUACUCCUCUUAGUUUAAAAGAUUUCUACAUGAUGAAUGGCUGCAAACUCUCAAAAAAGUUGAGGUUUCUAAACUGCUGGACAAAACAGAUUGAGAAAUCAUCUGUUUUCUGUGAAAGUGCCAGCAUAAUGGAUCUGCGAAAUUCACAAAAAGAUGAUGUUGAUGAAGAUAAGGAGGUUACAGUUAUGAGUACACAGUCCUUGCCAUCUUCAGAAUCAGUGGCAGAUUGUACCUCUUUAAGUCAGUGUCAAGAUGAUGGAUCGGAUAUCUUGAAUUCUGAAGAUCCCGAAACUUUCUUUAAGUCUGUUUCUGAGAAGAUGGCACAGGGUAUCUCUGAUCCGGAGGUAGACUUGGGGUUCUUAGCAGGGUGCCUUGUUGAACUGUCGAUCAAUUGGUUGCUGGCAAAACAUGAAGGACAACUACCCUCUAAAAAAUUUGGGGAAGCUUUUAAUGCAAAUUCUGCCUCCCAUUUGGGCCAAUUACUAUUAAGAACACCAGAAGAGUUGGAAGUGAAAUACAAAAACUGCCCUUCUUCUUCCAGUGCUGCUUAUUCUAACACUUCUGCUCAUUACACUUUGGAGAAUAAAGUUCAAGAACAUGAAUUGCAGGUCUUAAUUCGAAUGGAGAUACUUAGGUCAAAGAUAUGUGGAGACAUUGAGGCCAACGAAAAAGAUGAGAUGGUGAAAGAUAUUUGCUGCCUGUUAGAAAACAUUCAAUUUAAUCUGCAAGGAGAGAUCUUUGUUGGUGAAGACCUUGUUCAGUUUGCAGAAAGGGUCAUUAAAUCCAGAUAUGCAGAUUCUCUUCAAGACUUGGUACACGAGAUAUACAACCAGAUGGAAUUUUCUGCGGUGGACGCAUUAGAUUCUCCUAUCAUCAUUGAACAAGCUCAGAAUUUGAGCGAGCCAUGCUUGUUCGGCAAUGACCACCACCAACACAGAGGUGAUGCUGCUAAUGAUGAAGUGGAAGCCGAAGAGCACCGCCUUAAAGAGGAAGCACGAGAGAGGCGGGAAAAAGCACGUAGAUUGGCCCAGCUCACAAGUUGGGCUCCCAACCUUGGGCGAGUGUGGGCACCACGAAGGACUCAGAUUCCGGCAAAAAUUCCCCGCAGAAUGGGAAGUUGCCAGCGGAAAGGGCAUGGGGAAGUGGCUGAGGUGGUUUACGAAACGCCAAUGGCAGAGACCAAAAAGAGGUGUAGAACUGAUUGCGGUGGUGGGUCAGUUUCCAAGGCCUUGUUUUCUGACCCACUGAACUAGUGUCCGUUAGUUUUUGUGCCCUCCAAUAUUUAUUUAGUGGAAAAGAACAGGAAAAGAAGAAGAAAUACAACGCUAACAAAUUACUCCCUGGCUGUAAGGAUAAUGCUUUUCUUUUUUCAUUGUUCUUUUAAUCCUUGGGAAAUCGACCAAGCUUCGUAUCUUAUUAAACGUCGAAGUGUUAAUAAGAGAUGCAUCACCUGUUCAGGGAAA